AUGAUGCCAGGAGAUGGGAGGACAUACCUAAGCUCCGACAGUGUAUGUAAGGCAAGCAUUAAAAAUGACGAUGAUGACAUCUUGGACCCAUCAAAGUUUCUGAAUAAGUUGAAAUUUAGCGGCAUCCCAAAUCAUGAUAUCCGAUUUAAAGAAGGAUUGCCCAUCAUGCUCCUUAGAAAUCUUAACCAAUCUGAGGGUAUUUGUAAUGGCACGCGGUUGAUUGUCACCUGCUUAGGUAAAUGGUCAAUUCGAGCUGACAUCAUAUCUGGAACAAAUAUAAGUAAAAAUGUUACUAUACCUAGGAUAAUAAUGGCGCCAAAUGAGUCACGGUUGCCGUUUAAACUCAAUAGGCGACAACUGCCAGUGUCGCCAUGUUUCGCCAUGACAAUAAAUAAAAGUCAGGGCCAGACUUUGAAACAUGUUGGCCUUUAUUUGCCAAAUCAGGCAUUCACUCAUGGCCAAGUAUAUGUGGCAUUGUCAAGGGCCAGCAGCCGAGAGGGACUGGUGGUUGUUAACGCUGAUCAGGAGAUGAAGGAACACACACUUAUCAAGAACAUUGUUUACAGAGAGGUUUUCAGCAACAUAAUUGGUAAAUGA